GGGGAGUCGAGUCUCCCGCGCCCCGCCACCCCCGGCAGAGCUGCUGCUGAGCUGUUCAUUCUGAGCUCUGGCUACCAACAAAGUUCGUUAAAAAAAAAAAAACCCAUAAUCAAUCUUAAAAGAGUGAAAGAGGGCGCGAGCCAGCCAGACGGCCCUGCCGGGGGAGCCGGCGCAGAAGGAGAAAGGCGGCGGCAGCUGUUGCGCCGCGACCAGGAGCAGCUGGUCGCGCUGGGCGGCGGGUCCGCGCCAGGCGGGGGUCGGUGAGUAGCGGCUCGCGCUCCGGGGCAGCGGUGCUGCGCUCACCCGCCUUCUCCCGGGGCUGGUGGUUUCUUCCGCCCCGCUGGAUUUGAGAGAGAAGAUCUGAUCACCUGGGAUUAGAGUUGGUACAGAAACUAUUUCACCUUCAAAAAUGUUGGAGGAAGACAUGGAAGUGGCCAUCAAGAUGGUGGUUGUAGGGAAUGGAGCAGUUGGAAAAUCAAGUAUGAUUCAGCGAUACUGCAAAGGCAUCUUUACAAAAGACUACAAGAAAACCAUUGGAGUUGAUUUUUUGGAGCGACAAAUUCAAGUUAAUGAUGAAGAUGUCAGACUAAUGUUAUGGGACACUGCAGGUCAAGAGGAGUUUGAUGCAAUAACAAAGGCCUACUAUCGAGGAGCCCAGGCUUGUGUGCUUGUAUUUUCUACCACAGACAGGGAAUCUUUUGACGCAAUUUCCAGUUGGAGAGAGAAAGUAGUAGCUGAAGUUGGAGAUAUACCAACUGUACUUGUACAAAACAAGAUUGAUCUCUUGGAUGAUUCUCGUAUAAAGAAUGAGGAAGCUGAAGCACUGGCAAAAAGGUUAAAGUUAAGAUUCUACAGAACUUCAGUGAAAGAAGAUCUAAAUGUGAAUGAAGUUUUUAAAUAUUUGGCUGAAAAAUAUCUCCAAAAACUCAAACAACAAAUAGCUGAGGACCCAGAACUAAUGCACUCAAGUAGUAACAAAAUUGGUGUCUUUAAUACAUCUGGUGGAAGUCACUCGGGUCAGAAUUCAAGUACCCUUAAUGGUGGAGAUGUCAUCAAUCUUAGACCCAACAAACAAAGGACCAAGAAAAGCAGAAAUCCUUUUAGCAGCUGUAGCAUACCCUAAAAUGUUUUAGGAAGGAAAAAUAUUGAACUAUAUUGUGCAAUUCAGUAAGAAAAACACCCAGCUGUCAUGGUAUGUUACAAGUUUUUUAGCAGACUUUGCGCCGAAUGGCUCUCUGAAAGUUGACAGAAUUAAAUAUUGCUCUGCAAAUGCUUUUCAGAAUGUAGAGUGAGACCUCUGGUGGAAAAAUUACUGCCCUGUGGACUCAUUUUAAGUUUUUUACAUUAGACGAAGCUUCUCCUGUAUUUGAAGGAAUGCUAUAAGAAAUGUCAAAAACAGGUUUUGCUGAAUUUUAAAUGCUGGAAAACAUAAAUGCAAUGCCUAAAAUAUAUUGGUACAGAUUUUAAUAUUGUGGCUCAAGGAAAGACAGCAAACAUUCUUUUCCUGAAAUUGGUCAUCUAGCUUUUCUGGAAAUAGUACUGAAUCUGAAUACUUACAAAAAAAAUAAUACUGAAGAGUAAACCCUAAGUCUUGCCAGAGUGCAUUAGAAUUUUGGCAAUGUUACUUGUGCAAUAUCUGUAUAAUAUAGAAUGUGGAGGUAUGCAUACAGAUAUCUGGUACUGGAUUAACUGAAGGUAUGUGAAGUAUUUAAAGAAAUGUAGAUUCUAAUUAAUUCAUUCCUAAAACUAUUUACACAUUGUAUAUAUGUUUUUAUUUUCAAAUGAGAAAUUCCUGACAUAUAUUUUGCAAAAUGAGCUUGGAUUUAAAAAGUGCUUGUGCCAAAAAUAUCAUACCUAAUUUUUACAGUGCUUUACUAUCAGAAUUUGUAUUGUUUAUAAUAUCUUUUAAAAGUAGUUUUCCUCUCUGACAAAGUAUAUAAAAAAGGAGUAUAAACAUUUUAAUGCUAGAGCAUCUCCCAGGUGAGACUUGUCGCUAAAUCUUUUGUCCUGUGGCCACCUGUAAGCAUGGUGAGCUGUAAUAACUUAGCCAAAUCCCUAAGAAGGUCCACACUGCAUCUGAAGCCCUUCAGGAAGUCCUGUGAGGUGCGCUCGUGCAUCUAGCACAUUUGGCUGCUGACCGAGAAUCCAACUUUGAACAUUUAAGAUUAUGCUAACUAUUUUUAAAAAUGCACAAAAGAUGAUCUUUAGUCUUAAUCCAAAUUGUGGAUUUUAUGAUGCCCUGCAACUCUAAAGCAUUCUUUUAACACAUUUUGUAUAUUAUUUUAAGUUUAUCACUUUUACAAAUUUCUGUAACAUUGUUUGUAUAGCAGUUUCUCAAGAUCUCUGUCAGUACCACACACAAAAUAAUUUCUUUUAAGAAAUGAUUUAAUAUGUAAUCAUGCAUCAGAGCCUACAUUUUGUGACUUGGGACAAUAGCUUUCUGACUAAGGUAAUUGCAUGGACUCUGUUAAAACUAAUUAUCAUUCAUCAAUGUCUUUGUUUUUUAACCUAUAAUCACCCCUUUCAAUAUACCUGGUUUUUACAGGAUUUCAAAUAUAUAAAAAUAACUUUUCCUGGAAAAUGUAUCAUGAAGUUACUUUUCAUUAUUGUACUAAAUAUAUAAUUUUAUGUAUUUCUCUUGUAUGUCUUAUCUUGUUUUGUUUUUUAAGUCUUCCAUCUGCACCACCCUUAUCUUACUGCCCAGAUUAAUAUUGAGAACAUUAUAGAAUUUUCUGGAACAUGUUCUCAUUAAGUGGUCAAGAGCGAAUGUUCACUUUUCAAGUAAUCUGGCGUUAAAUAUUUCAAGUAAUAUAAAAUGUUUUUUUGUCACCAGUUAUCACCAUUCCCUUUGCUGGCAGUGGGAUAGGUGCUGGGGAGAAAAUUCAGUUCCUAACAAUGGAUACCUCUUAUGAUUCAUCUUUUCUACUCUGU